AUCCACAUCACAGUAAAAAGUCAACAAAUCUGUCGUUUCAGUGCACAUUAGUAGCAAACUCGGGUCAAACAAAACCUACAGUGCAACUACACAAAUAAAAUAAACAAUAAUUAAAAGUGCUUGUAUGACAUUAAACAACAAUAAUAUCUUAAAAAAACAAAUGUUAUCUACACAGCUUAUUUAAUUUCCCUUUUUUUUAGCUACAUGGUCACAGGUGAAAAUCUUUACUAAUGGUUUGUGUUUGUGUGGCGUUUUUGUCUUCCCAGCAUGGACAUUUAACGAGGGUGUCGCGAGGCCCAUGGGUGGUUUCCUCCAAGACUUCAAACUGGACCAACACGUCGGCUUGUUCUGAAGUUUUCUCUUAUAUUACAGAAACAGUUGAGGUUCAAUGAGGCUGGAGGGCUGGAUGCGUUCGUCAUGGUGAAGGAUGUUCCGGAAAGUCAAAAAGCGCCACAGCAGCAGCAGCUCGCAAAGCAGUGAGAUCAGCACCAAAAGCAAAUCUGUGGACUCCAGUUUGGGAGGGCUCUCCAGAUCCAGCACCGUCGCCAGCCUCGAUACAGACUCCACCAAGAGCUCAGGUAACAGCACAUCUGAAACAUGUGCUGAGUUCCGGGUGAAGUAUGUGGGAGCCAUUGAGAAGUUACAGUUCGACAUGAGCAAGACCCUCCAGGAGCCUCUGGACCUCAUCAACUAUAUUGAUGCCGCUCAGCAAGAUGGAAAGCUGCCCUUCGUGCCCGGAGACGAAGAGAUGAUUCUUGGAGUGUCGAAGUACGGAGUCAAGGUGGCCUCACUUGACCAGUGUGAUGUGCUGCACCGCCACCCUCUGUACCUGAUAGUGCGCAUGCUGUGUUACGAUGACGGCCUCGGUGCAGGGAAGAACCUCUUGGCUCUCAAAACCACCGAUGCAAAGCAAGAGGAGUGCAGCAUCUGGGUGUACCAGUGCAGCAGCUCGGAGCAGGCUCAUUCCAUCUGCAAGGUGCUGUCAGCUUCCUUUGACUGCGCUCUCACAUCAGACAAGUCCUGAGAGCAGAGAGAAAGACAGGAGCUGAGAUCUGUCCAGAAGAGAAAUGAAACAACUGCAAAACCAGAAACAGUAAAUCAGUAGUAUUGCCAAAAAAUACUGCAACCAUUUCCCUUUCUCCAACUUUGCUUUGUUUAAGAGAGACUAACUGGAGGUUAAUUUGCAGGGAAAUAUGAUUCAAGCCUUUGUAUCGAUGGCAAAGUCACGUCCUGCUCAGUUUGUGAUACCACCUUUUCAUCAUUCUCCAGUUGAGACACUGUGAAUUUGUCUGAAUCACUUCCUUUGAAUGUGUUUCCUUUACCUCACAUGUUCCUUUGAACUUUCACGUGAAGUCAAAAAGUAAAGUUUGGAUAAAAAAGGAGGUGGUUGCAUUUUAUAAAGGAUUUGAGUAUAGUGCACAAUGUAUAUCAUAUUUAAUGCAAAUAAUGGUAGAAAAUGCGUCAUAACCCGUCUCCGCCCAACUGUGACAGCAUGCUGUAAUUCAUGGGAGACAUUCAUCGGUGAAGAAACGACACGGUACAAAAAUUUGUUGACAUGCACACGUCACACUCAGUUUGUUUCUCUAUCUCUUUUUAAACGUAAGUAUCCUCUUGUGUGUUUUGCUGAGAUAAACAGUACUGGUACAACAGCAGUCACUUUUUUGACUUGAAGGUACACAAAGCGGCUUUAACUGUGUGAGAGGAGUUUAACUUUUUGUCAUUUGUGGGAAGUUUUUGACAGUUUUGACUUUUAUUGUAUCCUGUUUUUAAAGUUCUUUUUACUGCAAAUAUCUUGGUACCAAAAGCUUGAUGUGUUUUCUGUGUGUGUUGACUUUGUUUUUAUGAAGUGAUUAAAAUUGUAGCAAAUAUGCUAGACUUUUGCAGGAAAAAUGUGUUUACAAUUGUGGUACUUACAUGACCUCACAUUGUAAAUAAUAAUAGCCCAUUCCCACUUUUCUGUCCGUCUUUUCAACAUGGUCAUGUUAAGAUUGAGUUGAAAAUGUUUGACAUUAUGGGAAUUAAAGAAUUUGAUCUGGUACAUUAAUGGA